AUGAGGAACCAGAAGUAUGAAGAGAGCGAUCCAGAGAAUCUCCUGCAGUCCAACAGAGAAGUGAUUGUGAAACUUGCUGAAGUGGCUUUCAAACAGCUGAUGAAGGGCAAUGUGAUGUUCUACGAGGAGGACCUGAUUGAGAGCGGAAUAGAUGUCAAUGACGCCUCACUGUAUUCUGGGAUUUGCACUGAGAUCUUUAGGGAGGAAUCUGUGAUUCAUCUGAGGAAAGUCUACAGCUUCAUUCAUCUGAGCGUUCAGGAGUUUCUCGCUGCAUUUUACUGGUUUCACUGCUGUACAUGCAGUACUCUCACAGCGCUUGAAGAUUUUGAACCAUUGUAUAAUUUGCUUAAAGGUGCAGUAGAUAAAGCUCUUCUGAUUAAAACUGGACAGCUGGAUCUGUUCCUGCGGUUCCUGCUGGGUAUCUCACUGGGGUCCAAUCAGAGACUCUUACAAGAUCUACUGACACACACGGUGGACACCACACAAACCAUCAACACAAUCAGACUGUACAUUAAAGCUAAAAUUAAACAUGAUGAUCUCUCAGCUGAAAGGUCCAUCAAUCUGUUCUUGUGUCUUCUUGAAGUGAAUGAUCAGACUCUGUACAGAGAGAUUGAGGAGUUUGUGAGAUCAAACAAACACUCAGAGAAGAAACUCUCUGCUGCUCACUGUUCAGCAAUAGCCUACAUGCUUCAGAUGUCAGAGGAGCCGCUGGAUGAGUUUGAUCUGAAGAAAUACAACACAACACAGGAGGGUAGAAGAAGACUCAUACCAGCUGUCAACAACUGUAGAAGAGCUCUACUUCCUGACUGUAAUCUCACGGUUGAGUCCUGUAAAAUUGUGUCUUCAGCUCUUCAAUCCUCAAAUUCUCCUCUGAGAGAGCUUGAUGUGAGUAACAAUGAUCUGCAGGAUUCAGGAGUGAAGCUGAUCUCUGAUGCUCUCAAGAGUCACAACUGUCAACUAGAGAUACUGAGGUUAACAGGUUGUAUGGUGACAGAUGAAGGGUGCUGUUAUUUGGCUUCAGCUCUAAGUUCAAAGCUGUCACACCUGAGAGAGCUGGACCUAAGCUACAAUCACCCAGAACACUCAGCACUUCAGCUGCGCUCUUAUCAAAAUGAUCCAGACUAUGCGCUGAAGAUACUCAAUUUAGACUAUGGAGGACUUUGCAGGGUCAAACCGGGACUGCAGAAAUAUUUCUGUGAUCUCACACUGGAUCCAAACACAGUAAACACUGAACUCAUACUGUCUGAAGAGAACAAAAAGGUCACACAUGUGAAAGAUCCUCAGCCGUAUCCUGAUCAUCCAGACAGAUUUGAAGGUGUUCCUCAGGUUUUGAGUAAAGAGAGUCUGACUGGACGCUGUUACUGGGAGGCUCAAUGGGAAGUAUGGGCCCGUAUUGCAGUGAGCUACAAAGGAACCAGUAGGAAAGAAGGCACUAAUAGUAUGUUUGGGCUUGAUGACAAAUCCUGGAGUCUUUUCUGCAAUGCCAAUGGAUUUAACAUUUGGCACAAGAAUAAAACCAAGAACAUACCUGCUCCUUCAUCUUCAUCUAAAAAAGUAGGAGUUUAUCUGGACAUGUCAGCCGGCACUCUGUCCUUCUACAGCGUCUCUGACACACACACACACUCACACACACACUUACACACAUUCAACACCACAUUCACUGAACCCCUCUAUGCUGGAUUUAUGAUUAAUUUACUCAACUCCUCAGUGUCUCUGUGCAAUUAAACAUUCACGCACACACUGUCACGCCCUUGGACUGCCCCGUGUUCCUGUC